AUAUGAAUAGGAAUAACAUGUCUAUAAGUGGUAUCUUCGAGAGGUUUGACAAGAACAAAGACGGUAAGAUCUCAUGGGAAGAGUUUCGUGACGCGAUUCAUGCUCUCUCUCCAGCUAUUCCUUCAGACAAACUGGUCGAGAUGUUCAUCCAGCUUGACACGAACGGAGAUGGUCAGCUCGAUGCGGCCGAAUUCGCUUCGUGUAUGGACCAAACUGCUCAGUCUAGUGGUGGCGACGUGGAAAAAGAGUUGAAGGAUGCGUUCAAACUAUAUGAUAUUGAUUGUGAUGGGAAGAUAUCGGCCAAUGAGUUACAUGUGGUGAUGACUCGGCUCGGAGAGAAGUGUACGGUUGAGAGCUGCGUAGGGAUGGUUCAAGCUAUCGAUGUAGAUGGUGAUGGUUAUAUUAGCUUUGAGGAGUUUAAGACUAUGAUGAUGCGUUCUAAGAAAUAGUAUAGACUAUUCUUCUCAAGGACCCAAGCCUAGAAACUGGUCACUAUUAUAAUGCAUGUUAAAUUUUGUCUGUCUCUGUUCAUCAAUUUGAGUUUCGACUUGAAGCUUUUUCAAGUUUGCUAAGAUUUAUGACAUCAUCAAUUGGCUUUGGACUUUUCAA